AUGGAAAGCGAUCCGAGCAAUCUGCAGCCAUGGACCAUAGCUACCGUGGCCACGGUCACGGCGCUGGCCUUUGUGACCGUUUGUCUUCGGCUACUUGCACGCUUUGAACGUGUGCAAAAGCUAUGGUGGGAUGACUAUAUGAUUAUCUUUUCUAUGCUAUGGAACUUCAUUGUCGUCGGGUUCAUCUACGCGAUGGUCCAAAAGGGAAUGGGACUCCAUGCAGAUACUCUACCCCCGGGUAACGUGGUGAUGAUUGCAAAGUUUCUUGUUGUGGCCGAGGUUCUUUACGUCUUCAACCUCGUUUGGACCAAACUAGGCAUUCUGCUCAUGUACUAUCGGAUCUUCCGCUUUCCUUACUUCAAGACUUGGGCAUACGUCAUCGGAACCUUUGUUAUUCUCUGGGUUAUCUGUAUCACUUUUCUCUUCAUCUUCAUUUGCGUCCCCGUUCAGAAGAUAUGGAAUCCCCAGAUCCCAGGACGGUGCAUCAACCAGGUUAGCACGUGGAUCGCAAACGCCGUCUCAACGAUCACAACCGAUGUUGCCAUUCUCCUUCUUCCACUUCCACAAGUAUGGAAACUGCAACUUCGAACCUCGGAAAAGCUAGCUGUGUCAAUUGCCUUCAGCUUGGGGUUCUUCGUUGUCUUCACCUCCGCCUACCGUUUCUCCGUCCUCUUCAGCUACAGCUCACUUGAUUCCUCCUACACUCUCGCCCCAACAGUCGGCUGGACCGCCAUCGAAAUGUCUGCCGGGAUCAUCUCGGCCAACCUCCCAGCCCUCCGCCCUGCACUCCGUUUCAUAGCACGCAAGCUGGGUAUCAGCGGCGGCGUUAUCGCUCUCUUCAGAAGCACGAGCGCAACAACAGACAAAAACACGAACGGUGUUACUCAGCCUUCAGGAACAGCGGAGAGUGCUACCGCGAUCACUCAGCGCUCGAAGCAGAGUCGAAAUUCUUUUUAUCACUUACCAGAUGAUUCGGGAUCUCUGUCGGAACAGACACGCAUGGAAGCAUCCUUUAGGCCGGAUUAUGAUCAUGCGAAGACAUACACCAACGUGAAGAGUGCACUGGUUGGUCAUCGUUCUGAUGAUGAGAUUCCUCUGUCUGAGAUUAGGGUGGAUAAGGAAUUUACGCAAACUGCCACGACCUGA